AUGUCGUCGAGAAUGUCCUUCAAGACCUCGUCGAUCGUUGCGUUGGACGGAAGGGGUCCAGGAACAAUGCUAGAGCUCGAUUCGUUGCUCGGGACUCAUCUUGUGCUUGAAGUACCACUUGGUGUAUUCCGAGAAGUCCUUGUCGAAGAGCAAUCCGGGAUGGUAGUACGUGUGGCCGACUCGGAGGUACUCGUAGAACGGGUAGAUGAAUCCGAGGAUGAUGGCCGCCAAUCCGGGAAGAACUACAGAAUCAAAAAUAUUCUAGAAAUAUCAGAGGUUGCGUUGAACUGGGACAACCCAUCACAUACACAAGCCAAGCAAAAGAAACUAGAAGACCUUGGGCUGAAGACCGAGCUGAUCCGCGUAGUCUUGAAGCUGCUUGAGAGGAACUUCGCGGAGUUCGAAGAAGGUCUUGAUGGCGUCGCUGUGGGCUUGGAAGAACUUGGAGAGGUACGCGUCGAGGUUCCAGUACUUCUUCUUGUAGAUCUCGUGCUUGAAGUACCAGGUGGAGUACUCGGAGAAGUCCUUGUCCACGAUGUAACCCGGGUGGUAGUAGAUAUCGGAUCCGUGGACUUUGAAGAACGACUGGCGUUGAUCUUGGUUGAAUUUCGUGAGGAAAUUCGAGAAGGGAGCGAUGACCUCAUCAUGGAGUCAGCAUCUUCCAUCAACUCCGCAACGCUCGGAAGCAAUUCGACCAACAGACUGAUCAUCCCUUCCCGCCCAAGUGCCAGGACUAUCUGCUUCUGGCAACGAACAGCUAGCAAGCGGAUCUGCAGCAAAACAUUCGAAUUUACAUUUGAUGAUCCAGUAGCUAUACCAAUUACUGAAUCAACUCACUUCAGCCGACGUGUGCCUGGCCUUGAGCAUCACCAACUCGGACAACUUUUUCAGCAUCGUUUCCUUGGAAGCAUGCUCCAGAGCAACGCCGAAAUGCACAAUGGCGGCCAUCACGAAAUCCCGGACUUCAUCUUCAUUCAGAUUCCGGUUCUCCAACUGAUCCACCAACGGCUCAACCACAGCCUCGAACCUCUCGUUAGUAACAAACGACACCGGCGGGCAGAACGUGAAACAGGAUUUCAGGGUGCCCAAAACUGCCUUCAGGGCAAUGGGCUUUUGCGACUUUGGCAUGCCAGCAAUGAAUGCGACGAAAUCCGAAUCGGAUUCGAAGGUUUUCGUAUCAUCUUGUCCGCUUUUCUGUUCACGAUCUUGAAUAGUUUCUGGGGUGAGGUUGACGAAUUUUCGCACUAUAGUGACGAGUUCUGUGAAAAGGUGGCUUGCAAAUGGUUCGAAGAGCUCCUUCAGUCGAUGAGAAAUAAUUUGAAGUACGCCUGA